AUGUCUUCCUACAAUCGCCUAGACCCGUACGCAGACGAUGGGAGUCAUGCGCCUGCGAUGAAUCCUCACUAUCCCAACGAUCGGACGCCAUCUCCCGGGCGGCCGUUACAACCCUAUCAACAUGAGACAGAAUUCAGACCACUGCAGAUGCCCUCCACGGACCAAUUGCUGGAUCAACCAACGUACUCCGUCGAGGGAAUCCACAACUCGUACGGCCACAAUGAAAGAUUCGAGCAAAACCCGCCUCAGACCUACCCAACACCACAAAACUAUCCGCAAGAAUAUACACUGCAUCCUGAAGAGCAUCACGAUGCCUACUACAAUCAACCUUACGAGCCAACAGGCAUUCCGCAUGACGACUACGACUUGGCAAACUACCCUCCACAACAACCUUCCCCAUAUCAAGAUGAUCGAGUACCCAUCCUGCAAGCAGAUAAUCCCUACGGCCCGGAUCCCUCGUACAGUCCGAAUCCCUUCGAGCCCCCCGAGUAUAUGCACGGGGACGAUUAUAUUGCUGACGAAGCAGCGGCGCAACCCGAACCUUCUCACAGUCCGGCACCAAUUCGACGUUGGAAGACGGUUAAGGAAGUUCAAUUAUUUCGUGGGAACUUAGUUCUAGACUGCCCCGUGCCCCCCAAACUGCUAAGUCAAGUGCCCCAUGCUGAACCACCCGAGCGCGAUGAAUUCACCCAUAUGCGCUAUUCUGCCGCGACUUGCGAUCCCUCGGAAUUCUACAACGAUCGAUUUACCUUGCGACAAAGCUUGUUUGCGAAACCAAGACAUACCGAACUUUUCAUCGUCAUUACCAUGUACAAUGAAGAUGAGUUUUUGUUUGCCCGUACAUUGAUUGGCGUGUUCAAAAAUAUCGAGUAUAUGUGUUCGCGAACCAAUAGCAAAACCUGGGGCAAAGAUGCAUGGAAAAAGAUCGUCGUUUGUGUCAUUAGUGAUGGGCGUGCUAAAAUCAACCCUCGCACACGCGCUGUGUUGGCUGCUCUGGGAGUAUAUCAGGACGGUAUUGCAAAACAGCAAGUCAAUGGCAAGGACGUUACCGCUCAUAUCUACGAAUACACCACUCAGCUGGCAUUAGGGCUGAAAGGUACGCAAGUCUCGAUCAAGGGUCGCUCGGCCACCCCAGUACAAAUGGUAUUCUGUUUGAAGGAGAAAAAUCAGAAGAAAAUCAAUUCCCAUCGCUGGUUUUUCCAGGCUUUCGGUCGUGUCCUUGAUCCCAACAUUUGUGUCUUGCUUGAUGCUGGUACGCGACCGGGUCGGGACUCCAUAUAUCAUCUCUGGCGAGCUUUUGAUUUGGAGCCAAUGUGCGGUGGUGCUUGCGGCGAGAUCAAGGUUAUGUUGGACCGUGGAAAAAACCUCAUUAAUCCGUUGGUUGCCGCCCAAAAUUUUGAGUACAAAAUGAGCAAUAUCCUGGAUAAACCUUUGGAAUCGGCCUUUGGUUUCAUUUCCGUCUUACCUGGUGCGUUCUCAGCCUAUCGAUUUGUUGCCCUACAAAACGACAAAACCGGCCAGGGACCCCUCGAGAAAUACUUUGCUGGUGAGAAGAUGCACGGUGCCAAUGCUGGUAUUUUCACGGCAAACAUGUAUCUCGCAGAAGAUCGUAUUCUGUGCUUUGAAAUCGUGGCAAAGCGCAACUGUCGCUGGAUUCUCUCCUAUGUCAAAUCUUCCACGGGAGAGACCGACGUGCCUGAUCGCAUGGCUGAAUUCAUUCUUCAGCGUCGUCGAUGGUUGAACGGAAGUUUCUUCGCUGCCGUUUAUGGAAUUGUUCAUUUCUAUCAAAUCGGACGCAGCAGUCACAGCUUCAUGCGACAGUUCAUGCUUAUCUUUGAAUUCUUUUACCAGACCAUUAACAUGCUGUUUGCUUGGUUCGCAAUUGGCAACUUCUUCCUUGUUUUCCAUAUUCUUACGCAGUCUCUGGGUGCCACCGACCUGUUGGGUACAGCUGGAACCGUCCUCGGCGUUGUUUUCGAGUGGAUUUAUCUCUGUACUUUGGUAGCCUGUUUCGUUCUGUCGCUUGGCAACCGUCCGCAAGGCUCAAACAAAUUUUACAUGACAAUGGUCUGGUUCUGGGUUAUCGUCAUGAUCUAUUUAACGUUUGCAGCCAUCUUCAUCACUGUCAAAUCCAUCGAGAUUCAAGUUGCCGAGAAGGGGUUUACAUUUAGUGACCUAUUCACUAACAACGAAUUCUUCACUAUCAUUAUAUCGCUUGCAUCCACAUACGUCAUGUGGUUUGUUGCAUCGUUGAUAUUCUUCGAUCCAUGGCACAUGUUUACUUGUUUUAUCCAAUAUAUUCUGCUUACGCCCACAUAUACUAAUGUGCUGAACGUAUAUGCUUUUUGUAACACGCACGAUGUCACCUGGGGUACAAAAGGAGACGACAAAGCUGAAAAGCUGCCUUCUGCCACCGUUAAACCUGGUGGAAAAGUCGACGUCAGCAUCCCACAGGAUGGAGGUGAUCUGAAUGCACAAUAUGACCUUGAGCUAGCAGCAUUCGCAACUAAGCCACCAAAGGAGGUUCGUUCAGUUUCUGAAGCUGAGAAACAAGAAGACUAUUACAAGGGGUUCCGAAGUGGUGUCGUGCUGGUGUGGAUUUUUUGCAAUUUUGCCCUUUGCGCUGUUGUCUUGAGUACAGCUGGAUUAGAGGAUUUUAAUUCGAGCAGCGAUCAGUCUGCUACUGAGAGCAAGCGGGCUGAUAUCUACAUGUCGGUUAUUCUGUGGAGUGUUGCCGGUUUGUCAUUUAUCAAGUUUUUGGGGGCAAUGUGGUUCUUGGUUGUACGCAUGUUCCGCGGCGUUUAG